AUAAUUAUCAUUUAGACUGCCCUUUUCAGUACACGCUUUCUAAUAGUUUAUUCUCUUUCUGUGAUACGUGGCUCUUGAUGGCGGGUGUAAUAGAGUGAUUACGGCAGCUGACUAGCGCUUAUCAUUCUCCAGUUAGACUUGUUUCUGUGAUUCUGUGAGCUCAGACAGGUUAGUACAGGUGAUAGCAUGGCUCUACGCGUAUGCAGCACUUUUCUCCGUUCUUACUCGACCCACGGCAAGUCAGUUCUCGGUGGACUCUCAUCAGUCCGGUUCAAAAGUUCCUGUCCCGUUGACAUCAGUCACCUGGACCACCUGGUGCUCACGGUUCGGGACCUGAACACAACCACGCACUUCUACUCCAAGGUUUUGGGGAUGGAGGUCGUCACUUUUAAGGGCGACCGUAAAGCUCUGAGUUUUGGAGAGCAGAAACUCAACCUGCAUCAGGCUGGGAAGGAGUUUGAGCCCAAAGCCAAAACCCCGACACCGGGAUCUGCUGACCUGUGCCUCAUUACCAAAACCCCUCUGACAACCGUCGCUGCCCACCUCAAGGCAUGUGGAGUGACGAUAGAGGAGGGUCCCGUGGACAGGACAGGCGCUGUGGGUCCCAUCCGCUCCCUAUAUUUCCGUGACCCUGACAACAACUUGAUUGAAGUCUCCAAUUACCAGCAGUAGACAGCAGGGGCGCUGUGUCAUUGCCUUAAGAUGAAGAUGAAUAUGUACUCAGAUGCCUUCCUUGUGAUGUUUUUAAAUGUAAUAAAAAAAUAAUAAAAAACAUG